AUGGAGGCUGGAGAAGAAACAAGCGUUUUUUACAACAAUCCACAAAACUGUAACGAAGAAACAGGAGAAACAAGUCAUUUAUGUAACAAUCAACAGAAAGAUUAUAACGCGAUUCCAAAAGUAACUGAGUCUAUACAUGAUGAUCUUGAAAAAAACUCUACAACUACCUCUGGAAGCGGAUCAGAUUGGGCUGCUUACAUGAAUAUAGUUUGUGUGGUGGCCGGAUCUGGGACUCUUGGUAUUUCAUAUGCUCUACAACAAGGAGGAUGGAUAUCUUUAAUACUUUUGAUUAUAGCAGCACUUAUGUCUACAUAUACAAGCAUAAAAUUAAUUGAAUGUUUAUAUCAUGGUAAAACACGUAAAACUUCAGUAUCGGAAUUGGCAUAUUAUGCGUUUGGCAAUCCUGGAUUAUGUGUGGUUGGUUUCUUUUUUAACGUAAUAAGUUUAGGAUGUCCAAUCCUUUAUCUUGUUCUCUCUGGAGAUAAUCUACAAAUAUUAUUCAGUAACCAUGGAAUCGACUUGGGAAGGGAAACAUGGGUAUAUUUCUGUGCUACUACUAUGUGUGUUCCAUUCAUUUUUCUUAAAACAAUGAAAGAAACUGCUUGGUUAAGUAUAUUUGGAGUAGUGACGACGUUGUUUGUCGUAUUGACCGUGUUCAUAAUAUCCAUCAUUGAAUAUCCGAAAAACUUAAAAAAUCAGCACGAUUUUGUCAAUUUUCGAAACCUUCCUAUCGCUCUAUCAACUUUCUUUUUCAGUUUUGGAGGUAAUGUUGUUUACCCACAUAUUCAAGCCAGUAUGAAAAAUAGAAAAGCAUGGCCUAAAGUAGUUAAACUUGCGAAAUUUACUAUUGUUUUUAUGUACCUUUUAAUCGGUAUUCCUGCCUACUUAACCUAUGGUCGAAACACAAAGUCACCUAUAUAUCUAAGCCUUCCACCUGGUGUCAUAGUUGAUAUUACCAUGUUAAUGAUCACAAUACAUAUUCUUUUUGCACUCCCUGUUUAUCAAACAGCUUUUUCUUUGGAAUUAGAAAAAUAUAUUUUUACAAACAUUUCAAUUAUUAGUAAUACUAGUGAAUUUAUUUUACGUACAAUACUUCGUUUAACUCUUGUAGCUUUCACAGUAUAUGUUGCAAUAGUUGUACCAUAUUUUAAUACUAUUAUGUCACUUUUAGGCGCUUUAGGUAAUGGUAUUUUAUUAAUGGUUAUGCCAAUAUUAAUUUGGAUAAAAUUAUUUGGUUGGAAUCAUUUAAAAAAUUUUAAAGAAAAAAUUUGGGUUAUUUUUAUUUUAAUUUUUGCCCUUUGUGGUGCUAUUAUUGGUACUUGGGAUGCAUUAAAUACUUUGUCGACAGAAAUCUUGAGUGGAAAUUGA